AAAACUUAAUAUAAAAAAAAAAAAAGGUUCAAUUGAUCUGUCUUUGUCAGUAUCAAGGGGUUUUAGCUUAAACCCGUAAUGGCUAUGAGGGCGGUGGCUGCGCAUCGCGGCUUGAGGCGGCUCUUCUCCACUUCUCCUUUUCCUUCUUUUAACCCUCCUCCGUCCGCCGCCGCGGCCUCUCAGCAACCGAAGGCCGAACCCAGCAGCAACCUUUUUGUCUCAGGACUUAGUAAGCGCACAACUACUGAAGGACUCAAGGAAGCCUUUUCUCAGUUUGGUGAAGUGGUUCAAGCUAGGGUAGUGACUGAUCGAGUGUCUGGAUAUUCCAAGGGCUUUGGUUUUGUAAGAUAUGCAACCUUGGAGGAUGCUGCAAAAGGUAUAGAAGGCAUGGAUGGCAAGUUUUUGGAUGGGUGGGUUAUAUUUGCAGAAUAUGCAAGACCUAGAGCACCACCAACGCCUUCCUCUGACAAUAUGUCUUCUCAAUAUGGCCACAACAUGUCUUCCCCAAAUGGCCGACAGUGACUUAUACAUUCACAAAACAAGCUGGUAAUCCUUUACACUGGCCUUCGUCAGUGAGCUCUAUUUAUGAAUGGUUUUCUGAUUUCUGUUGGUUGGCCUUCUAUCGAUGGAAACCAUGCACUUUGGGGGAACAUCAGCUUAAUAAGUGAACUGUGUAAUGAAUUCAGAAAUAUAUUGAUUUGAACUCAUCCAUGUUGUCAUUGUUAAGGAUAAGACUCUCCUAAUUUGUUAUAAUUUUAUUGCACUGUAACUUGCCCUCA